CCAAACCUCUCUCUCUCUCUCUCUCUCUCUCUCUAUCUCUCGGCCAUGGACCCACCAAAACCCCUAUCUCGCUGGAACUCGGCACUGACCCGACUCAACUCGUCUGUGUCCGAUUCUCGACUCGGCAAGCGCUUCAAACUCGCCGAGCGAAACACCAGCUUCACAACCGAGCUGCGAGCCGGUACGGCUACCUUCCUGACCAUGGCCUACAUCCUAGCUGUCAACGCCAGCAUCCUAACCGACUCAGGUGGCACGUGCUCCGUCUCCGAUUGCACGCCCCUCUGCAGCUCCCCUUCCAUCCCAGUCUCCAACUGUACAGGCCCCAACCUACGCGUCAUCACCCCAGACGCCACGUGUAAGUUCCCACCGGUGAAUCCCGGUUACCAGUCCUGCCUGGAGAAGACACGCAAGGACCUGAUCGUCGCAACCGCCGCAGCCUCUCUCAUCGGCUCCUUCAUCAUGGGUGCGUUCGCUAACCUCCCGCUCGCGUUAGCACCAGGCAUGGGACCCAACGCCUACUUCGCCUACACGGUCGUCGGCUUCCAUGGCUCCGGUAACGUUCCGUACAAAACCGCCCUGGCUGCCGUUUUCAUCGAAGGGCUGAUAUUCCUCUUCAUCUCCGCACUCGGAUUCCGCGCCAAGCUCGCGAAGCUGGUUCCACGUCCCGUACGUAUCUCGUCCUCGGCCGGGAUCGGCCUCUUCCUCGCCUUCAUCGGCCUCCAGAACAACGAAGGCAUCGGCCUCAUCGGAUACAGCCCGUCCACGCUCGUGACCCUCGCCGCCUGCCCGAGCUCCUCACGUGCCUCCGUCGCCCCCGUCGUAGCGGCCGCUAACGGCACCGUUUCGCUGUUACAGGGCGGCACCGUAUCGAGCGCAAUUCUCUGCCUCAAUGGCCGAAUGGAGAGCCCGACUUUUUGGCUCGGGAUUGUCGGAUUCGUAAUAAUCGCCUACUGCCUGAUAAAGGACGUAAAAGGAGCGAUGAUCUACGGCGUCGUCUUCGUAACUGCCGUUUCCUGGUUCCGAAACACGAGCGUAACGGUUUUUCCUGAUACCGAUACGGGCAACUCGGCGUACCGGUAUUUCAAGAAGGUCGUGGACGUGCACAAGAUCGAGUCCACCGCCGGGGCUCUGAGCUUUAAAGGGAUGGGGCAAGGGGCAUUUUGGGAAGCCCUUGUAACGUUUUUGUACGUCGAUAUUCUCGAUACGACCGGCACGUUGUAUUCGAUGGCACGUUUCGCCGGUUUCGUUGAUCAAAACGGCGAUUUCGAAGGGCAGUAUUUCGCUUUCAUGAGUGAUGCUGCGUCCAUCGUGGUUGGAUCUUUGCUCGGUACGUCGCCUGUAACGGCGUUUAUCGAAUCGUCGACUGGGAUAAGGGAGGGAGGACGGACGGGAAUGACGGCGUUAACGGUUGCAGGAUAUUUCUUUCUGGCGUUUUUCUUCACGCCACUGCUCGCGUCCAUACCGGCGUGGGCGGUGGGUCCGCCGUUGAUUUUAGUGGGAGUCUUGAUGAUGCGAUCUGUGGUGGAGAUUGAUUGGAACGACAUGAGAGAGGCGAUCCCGGCGUUCGUUACGAUGAUUUUGAUGCCGUUGACGUACUCGAUCGCGUACGGACUCGUUGGAGGGAUUGGGACUUAUAUCGUGUUGAAUGUUUGGGAUUGGGGGGAGGGGUAUUUUAGAAAGGGCCAUUUUGGGAAGAGAGAGAGGAAAGUUGUGGUGGGAGCGACGAAUGGGGCGUCGAGUAGCAGUAUCGAAGCUGUCGAGAACAACCACGGCAACAGCCACAAUGGAAGCAUUGUCUGAUUGUGGGGCCCACCACCUAAAUCAGGGUAAAUCAGGACCGUCCGUUGACCAGAUGGGAUCAUCGUGGGGGAGAAAAUGGAGGGCCCAUGAAGCAUCACCAACUGCCUGAUAUGAAUGUACCUGAUAUUCAGGUAAUUGAAUGUGCAGGGUGGGGCCCAACCCAAUAGGAUUUCGACGGGUAGUCUCGCGAGUAGCAAUGGCGCUUCCUAUCUAUAGGCGGGUUGUAAAUGGAAUAUUGUCUUUUUAGCUUUGAUUACAUGUUUAGUUUGCUGUGUUUGAUGAAAGGGAAACAUAUUUUGAUGCUCUGGUAGAGCAUGUUGGUUGAUA